AUGAAUUCCAUCUCCCAAAAUACCCUCCCCGAAUCCCACAAUUCCGAUUCCGAAGAUGAAAAGGAAUUCAACUACGAUACCGACAAAGACGAAAGCUACUGCGGCAGCUACGAGUCCGAGGAGGAGGACGACGCCGCCGCCGCCGCUGCCGCUGCCGCCGACGCGCCGUUUUCUUUCGCCAAAUUCGUGAAGCAAAUGUUCGUCGAACAGUGGUGGAGUAUACCCAGCGCCUCACACCGCCAAAAAUUGAUUGUUAUUAUGGUCCACGCCGUAAUGCUGGACUCCGGUUUCGCGGCCUUCGACAAGCGGUCGAAAUCGACAGUCGGUUGCUUCCAUCUCCGCGACGAGCUGACCGAAUUCGAUUUACCAAAAAUAUCCCCACACCUGCUCAGGCUGUUCUACACUCUGCCACACGACGAAGACGAAGAAGAAGAUAAUUGCAACGACUGCGAUUUCAAGAUAAUUAGAAAAGCCGUCUUGGAAAUUCAUUUCGUAGAUGAUUACAUGACUGUUUACGCGAAUUUGGAGGAUACUGUAUGGUGUCAUAGGAGGACUUACCGAUUGAAAGUCUACGAGUACGAAGUGAUUCCGUUUCUGAAUGUUAUAUGGAACAAAUGCUGGGAUUCUUGGUGGAACGACGAAACGUGCGGCGAGGAAGGUUUGAUUGCGGAUACGUCUCCGGGGAAAGUGAUUGAUAAAUUUCUGAGGAAUGUGAGGGAAAUUAUCGCGUUGCCUUUGUUGGCAGAUUUGCGCCUCGCGGUUUGGUUUGAUCGAUUACCGAAAGAUAUCAAGUAUAAAAUACUGGAUCUGUUGAUGAUGCCUUGUGCUGCUGAGGUGGCUAAGCGAGCUGUGUUUUUCGAGGAUGGCGACGAGGAGAAAGAAGAGGGUUACUGGGAAAGGGCAUUUUUGGAAACGCGGACAAGUUCGCUUUCGUUAGGAAUUUCUUCGCUUUCGUUAGGAAUUUCUUCUGUAACGGAGGAUCGCGGUGGUUGA